AUCUACUUUCUGUCUCUAUAGACUUGCCUAUUUGUGGACAUUUUAAACGGAAUCAUACAAUAAGUGUCUUUUGUGACUGUCUUCCUUUCACUCAUCAUAACUCAAUGCACUUUUAAAUUAUCUGACCUCCAUGUCUUGCCUCUGAAGAUCAAAUGUGACUCUUGCAUUCCUUAGUGAGUUUGAGGAUUGAGUAUAAUUUGCACGAGGCAAAAAUUAGAAACUAGUUAGAGCAAGUGGGCCUUUUCUCCACCGCGGAAGCUAGUGCGCUUGUUGAUGUUCAAAUACUCGAUUGCCUUAAGCACAAAGUAGGGAGCAACGUGUGUUCUUGUACCCCUAGAUUGAUUUGGGGAGCACUGCAAGUUAACAAAAAGAAGUGGAUUAGAGUACUGACCAAAUGUAGUUUAACAGCUACACUUUCCCUCCUUGUAAAACUGGUGAUUAUUUAACAUGAAUCGAUAUAAGUUGAGUAUUUAACAUAAAUCAAUAUAAACCUGUGUUUGGUGCUCAUGGGGGGGGGGGACCCUGGGGAGUAGAUCCCUUCAGGCUAAGCAAACAGGAGCCAAGCAGAAAGCAAAUUCUCCCUUCUGCCCUUUCCCCCUCUUCUCUCUACUGUUUGCUCAAAUGUUUGGGAGUGAAUUUAGGGCCCUCCCUCCAACUUAUGAUUUUAUAGCCAAUAGGUGAUGAGAUUUAUUUGCAUAUUUCCAGUCACAUAAGAAGCCGCGGAGUGGAAACAGUGUCAGACUCGAUUCUUACUCCUCCUCCUCCCCCUCCUCCUCCUCCGAGGAAAACUGCCACUUCUAGCCGCCCUGCCCUCCGGUUUAAAGCGCGACUUGCCCUGCGGCGCCCCGCGGCUCCGGCCCUCCCUCUGGCUGCUUCGGCUCCGCGGGUCCAUCGGUCGGUCCGCACCUGGCAGCUUCUGCAGAGAGACGCGCCCCAAGAUGAGCAAAGCCCUGUUCCUGGUGGCCGUAGGUGUGUGGCUCCAGAGUCUGACCGCCUCCCGAGGAGGGGUGGCCGCCGACGACCGAAGAAGAGAUUUUAUAGACAUUGAAAGUAAAUUUGCCCUAAGGACCCCUGAAGACACAGCUGAGGACACUUGCCACCUCAUUCCCGGAGUAGCAGAAUCUGUGGGCAACUGUCACUUCAACCACAGCAGCAAAACCUUUGUAGUGAUCCAUGGCUGGACGGUGACAGGCAUGUAUGAGAGCUGGGUGCCAAAGCUUGUGGCCGCCCUGUACAAGCGGGAACCAGACUCCAACGUCGUGGUGGUGGACUGGCUGUCCCGGGCUCAACACCAUUACCCGGUGUCUGCGGGCUACACCAAGCUGGUGGGAAAGGAUGUGGCCAGAUUUAUCAACUGGAUGGAGGAGGAAUUUAACUAUCCUCUGGACAACGUCCAUCUCUUGGGAUACAGCCUUGGAGCCCAUGCUGCUGGGAUCGCAGGGAGUCUGACCAACAAGAAGGUCAACAGAAUUACUGGCCUAGAUCCAGCAGGACCUAACUUCGAGUAUGCGGAAGCCCCCAGUCGCCUUUCUCCCGAUGACGCGCAUUUCGUGGACGUCUUACACACGUUCACCAGAGGGUCCCCUGGCCGCAGUAUUGGGAUCCAGAAACCAGUGGGGCAUGUCGACAUUUAUCCAAAUGGAGGCACUUUUCAACCGGGCUGCAACAUCGGGGAAGCCAUCCGUGUGAUCGCGCAGAAAGGACUCGGAGACGUGGACCAACUAGUGAAGUGCUCCCACGAGCGCUCCAUUCAUCUCUUCAUCGACUCCCUGUUGAAUGAAGAAAAUCCGAGCAAGGCCUACCGGUGCAGUUCAAAGGAAGCCUUCGAGAAAGGGCUGUGCCUGAGUUGCAGAAAGAACCGUUGCAAUAAUGUGGGCUAUGAGAUCAACAAGGUCAGAGCCAAAAGAAGCAGCAAAAUGUACCUGAAGACUCGCUCCCAGAUGCCUUACAAAGUAUUCCAUUACCAAGUAAAGAUUCACUUCUCUGGGACCGAAAGUGAAACGCACACCGACCAGGCCUUCGAGAUUUCUCUGUAUGGCACGGUGGCAGAGAGUGAGAACAUCGCUUUCACCCUGCCAGAAGUUUCCACGAAUAAGACAUACUCCUUCCUAAUUUACACAGAGGUUGAUAUUGGAGAACUGCUCAUGCUGAAGCUGAAAUGGAACAGCGAUUCAUACUUCAGCUGGUCAAACUGGUGGAGUAGCCCUGGCUUUGCUAUUGAGAAGAUCAGAGUAAAAGCAGGAGAGACACAAAAAAAGGUGAUCUUCUGUUCCAGGCAGAAAGUGUCUCAUUUGCAGAAAGGAAAGGCACCUGCAGUCUUUGUGAAGUGCCACGACAAGUCCCUGAAUAAAAAGUCUGGCUGAUACCGGGCAAAUCUACAGAAAGAAGAACAGCACAUGAAUUCUGUGAAGAAUGAAGUCAGUGAAAUAACGUUUUCAAAAGAUGCCAUGUGCUUCGGGUGUUUAAAAGUGGAUUUUCCUGAGUAUUAAUCCCAGCUGUAUCCUUGUUAGUUAUUUUAGGAGACAGACUCAAAAUACUAAAACGUGGCUAAUUCCAUUUGAGGAGAAUGGUGGCCAAACAGCACAUCCUCCGAUGUUAAAAGACGCAGAUAUGAAAAGCACUGCAUUUUGUCCUUUGAGAAAGAAAUAAUUGUUCGGGCCCAUAGGAAAGUAAGACUCCUUCAUGGGUUGUGUUUGGCCAUGGCCUAACAUUGCUUAGACCCUCCUGUUUUAAUUGGAAUUCUGGAUUUUCUGGACUGAGGCCUUCUCAAAGUUUUCUCCAAGUCUCGAUAUAGAAAAUUGUUUUCUGUGGCCUGAGUCAGACCCACCUUUCUUAGCAGUAGAAACGCCUGAGUUUUUGGAAUGAUUCUCCUCUAGCCUUUGGAAAUGUGGCCCAGGAGUUAACCAUGAACAUGUGACUGAGAGGGACAGAGAAUGGGCUCAUGAAGCACUGAGCCUUCAAACAGUCUCCGUUGUUGGCUUGCAUCAAGAUAAAAUUAAAGGAGAUAUACGAUUAAGAUCAAUUAAUUCUUUUUUUGAUCAAUUAUUUCUUAAUAGGCUUUACAGUUUAAUUAAUCUCUCUCUCCCCUCCUAUUUUUUUUUUUUUUGUCUCAAGAUUAUAUUUUAACAACGUUCUUUGGAUGGGUGUUGAAAAUGAGCCUGUAAUCCUCAGUGGACACAUCAUUUGAAUGGUGCAGAAAGAAAAUGAUAAUUUUAUUAUCAGUUUUUCAUCAAUUUGAUAUCCUUCCAUAUCCAAUAGUUACUAAUCCAUGUCAGGCUUAUCUUACUCAUGCUACAGUCAUACUUUGAGUGUGUGUCUUUUGCUUUGACAGGGAAAAAUGUGUUCAAGUUCAAAUUCUGUGUCACGCGAGCUCCUACAAAUUUCAGACAAAGCCCGUUUUUACUAAGUAAAAUGGAGAAGUUUUGGGGGUAUAUUCAUAAGCAGUGCUUUUCGACCAUCGUGUACAAGUAGCCACAUCAGUGCCGUGAGGGUUGCUAUGUGUUUAUUUUAACAACUAAUCAAGAAUGAGUGAACAAUUAUUUAUUAACUAGAUCUCCUAUGUUCAGAGUGCUUUUCUGUGUAUAAAAGUAUAAAAUGAUAAAGAAGUUAACUAUCUCAGAAGCUAUUGCUGGGAACCCAAACUGUGAACGUGUGUGGGUAUCUAUCUGAACACAUAAUCUUGCAGAAGGUGUGCAGUUAUAAUUCAGCAUGAUUUGGAAAGUAAAAGCAUCGAUCCAGGGAUGUAUCAGAACAUGUUGGAGUAGAAAUGGUUCCAUGUGUGCCAGAACUUCAGCCCUUUAUCUGAGAAAUACGGUCGUGUGUGUAUAACAUAGGACCAGUGCUUUGACUGACUCCAUCAGCCUUGGAAUGGAUUCUCCCUAAAAAUAAAAUGAUGUAAGAUAUGUCGUUGGCAGCCCCCUUUAUUGCUAGCUCAUCACUUUUCUGCAUUUGGGUUUUGACCUAGGUUGCAUUCACUUAAAAGAGUCACCAAAUCAGCACAUGGCACUGGGAACUCCGGCUUCUAAAGACUUUGCAAUAUAUAUAUAUAUAUAUCAAUGAUGCUUUGGCUUUACAGUUUAUUUAUUAGCUGUAAAUAUGUGUGGAUGUAUAAAGGGAGCUUGUACAUAAUGGGUGGUCAUUGUGGCUAUCUGCAUUUGCAGAUGUGUGGUGCUAAAUUUGUACAUGUUUCAUCAGUAAUGGUCUCGCUGGGCCAACUCACUCUUAUGAAAUAAUACAAUGAAAUGGGCUUUAACAAAGAACAAGAAAGAAACGUACUUAACUAUGUGAAGAAAUAAUGAAUCAGCUUUUAAUAAAAUUGACAACAUUUUAUUACAACACCAAGUCAUUAUUUCGUAUCAUUUUUAGUCCCCUAAAAAAAGCAAAUUUAUUCUCAUAAAUUUAUUUAUUAAUUUCUCAUUAAUUUAUCUCAUUAGUUCAUUAUCACAGAUUCAUUCAGCACAUUUCGACUGCACAACCACCAUACUUAGUAGAUGAUGUAGCUUCUGAGAAUUACAGUGCACAUUACAUUGUAUUUUUUCAUAUUUAUAUUUGUAUAAAGCUAUAGGAAGUCUUAAAUGUCCUUUAAACUAACUCUAGAGGAAUAUGAUAGAGAACUUUUGCUUGAAUAAAAUACACAGGACUUUU